GACAAGAUCCAUUUAAACUGGCCUAAUAAAAACAGGCGGCAAAACGGAACUGCUGGAAUAACGUCUCUGAUGGUUCAUGUUGAACAUUUGAACCCAGCUCUGUGUUUUUCUACUAACACCGUCUGGAUAACGACCCAGCCUGCUAACUGUACAGCAGACCCAACACUAGCGGUAAAGAAAGAAAGACGUCCAGAGCCCGCUGCACGACACUAUCAGAUGAAGAGGAGGCACUGAAAAAGGAAGAGCCACCGGAUCUCUACUGAUGUUACUUUCAAAAUAAAAGCAUAGAGCGUGUCCUCAGCUGUACUGAUGGUCCAGCAGACACAGUGAACAUCCACUGCCAGGGUCAACAUUCAAAGGAGGAUCUGAUGCCACAACAUGAGCGACUCUGGGGAUAGAGAAAGUGCACCCUGCACCUCAGGCCUGAGUGGGGCAGGGACCAGAGGGCUCCCUGGCAGGGUCAGGAACCUGUCCUCCCCCUCCCCCCAUGGAAGACUGACGUCCCUCAGAACUAGAGACCUGACACUAGGGGGAGCCUUCAAAAAACCAAAGAAAACCUUUGAGCCAAAUGUCCAUGCUGUGAGGAAAAGCAAAGAUGAGUUAAAGGAAGAGAUCCGUGUGGCUCCAAAAAAGGAGAGAAGAGAGAGGGAGGAGAGGAGGAGAGAGAAUAGAGGGAGAAGGAGAGAGAAGCCUCAGACCAUCCAGUCUCAUUCCAUAUUUGAGCAGGGUCCUGCUGACACUAUACGCAAAACAGGUUGGCGUGGUGCUACAGACCUGCGUUCCUCCACCGCUUCUCCUGACUGUAAACUUGUGAAAAAAGAGAGGAUAGAAUCUGAGGAGGAUGAUGAUGAGAUACUCAGACAACUUCAGAGGGAUGAUUUUAUAGAUGACCCAGGGUUGAGGAACGAUGCCAAGCUGAAACCCAUCCAGCUGCCUCUGUGUCAGUCCAGCGGCUUCAUCACGAGUCAAACAUGUCCAGAGAACCCUCCUCUGUUCAGACCUCCAUCCCGUGGAGCUCAGGGUAGAACACAGCUGCCCAAACCAGAACAGCCGUCCCUGGUAGACCUGCUGCAGGAUCUCAGCCUGUCUGGCAGAGAGGAGCUCUUCUUUAUGCAGUUACCUGACUGUAUGCCGGGCAGAGCGUCUGGACAGAAGGCCAACCCUGCUGUCAGAACUGCAACAGAGAAAACUGCCAAGAAGGACAACAAGCCUGAAGACAAGAGGCCUGUGCUGCUGCAAGCUCAAGAGGCUGUGGUGAAGGAGGGCUGUCCUGUGCUGUCAGAUUUCCCAGAGGGACUUCUGGGUAAACUCCAGAUCAGAAAAUCAGGAAAGGUGGAGCUGAAGAUGGGUGAUAUCAUCAUGGAUGUCUCUGAGGGAGCUGCAUUCUCCUUCCUUCAGCAACUGGUGUCUGUGCAUCUGUCUGACGGUCGGACUGGAGACAUGAUGGUGUUAGGAAAUGUCCAACACAAACUGGUCUUAUCUCCUGACUUCCAGGCUUUACUGCAACCACCUGCAACACAGCAGCAACAAGGACCCUGAUAAUGUCACAUCUGCAGUAGAGUGUUGCUUUGUUACUGCAGAGAAUCAGUGUGGGGGGAACUGUGCUCAAACUGUACAUAGUCUGAUGUCUACUCUCCAUACUUGUGGUUGGAGGUUUAUAAGGCAGCUAAGUAGCUCAC